GUCUAAACCAAACCAAACCGACUCAAAUAAAACCAAAAUCAACUUUGGGUUGGGCCUGACAUUUAACGGUGCGUCAACAAACAACACUAACUCCUCUCUCUUGUCUCGAACUCGUUUACUAAUUAAGGGAUUAGAAGAUAAUUAAAGAUAGAGAUCAUCGAGCUUUGACCAAACGAUCCAAGUUCAUAUCCACCAUCAAAAGUCAUAGCUUCUCCUAACACCACCCAAUUGUAAAAACCAAAAGAACAAAUGAUUACGUAACACAUUGCAACCCAAACAAGAAAAGUUCUUUUGUCUUUGAUAUUUUCUCCAAAACUGGACCCCACCCUCUUAAGAUCUCUCAUUUGUUUUCUUCUGAGAGAAUCGAUCUUUUGAGAGAGGGUGCCAGUUUUUUCUUUUUCUUCCAAACUUAUUUUCUUGAUUGUUUCUCUGUUUUUUUUCCCGGGAAAGUUUUUUCAUAUUUUUAAUAUCUUUUGGGAUUGCAAAACUUGCACAAAAAUGUGGGGAGCCCCGGCAGAACCAGCAGAUUCUUAUUACCAGAUUCGCCCUGAGUGCACUGAUGUCCCCAAUACCAAAUUCAAGAUCAAACCUGGUAAAACUCUAAGUGUAAGAAAAUGGCAAGCUGCAUUUACACAAGAAGGAUUCCUAGAUAUGGGCAAGACUCUAAACCGAAUUCAACGAGGGGGGAUCCAUCCAACGAUUAGAGGAGAAGUCUGGGAGUUCUUACUUGGUUGUUAUGAUCCAAAGAGCACAUUUGAAGAAAGAGAGCAAAUCCGACAACGUAGAAGAACCCAGUAUGCUUCUUGGAAGCAGGAAUGCAAACAAAUGUUUCCAGUCAUCGGAAGUGGUGGAUUCAUUACCGCACCUGUGAUCACCGAGAAGGGUCAACCCAUUCUAGAUCCUCUUGUACUACAAGAAACAAACUUAGGUGAAGAUUCUGAUUUCUUCAAAGAGCUUGAAAGCAGAGGACCUUUGGACAAGAAAGUUAUCCAGUGGAUGCUAACGCUUCACCAGAUAGGUCUUGAUGUAAACCGCACGGAUAGGACAUUGGUGUUCUACGAGAAGAAGGAGAAUUUGUCCAAGCUUUGGGAUAUUCUAGCUCUUUACGCCUGGAUAGACAACGACGUUGGGUAUUGCCAAGGAAUGAGUGAUCUUUGUUCUCCUAUGAUUAUGCUUCUUGAAGAUGAAGCUGAUGCUUUUUGGUGUUUUGAAAGACUGAUGCGAAGAUUGCGAGGAAACUUCCGGAGCACGGGAAGAUCAGUUGGAGUUGAAGCACAGCUUACUCAUUUGGCUUCCAUCACUCAGAUUAUUGACCCCAAGCUUCACCAUCACUUAGAGAACUUGGGAGGAGGUGACUAUCUGUUUGCGAUUCGGAUGAUAAUGGUACAGUUCAGAAGAGAGUUCUCUUUCUGCGACUCCUUGUAUCUCUGGGAGAUGAUGUGGGCAUUAGAGUAUGACCCGGAGAUGUAUUCUCUGUACGAGGAGCCUGAGUUCGAGGGAGAGAAAACGGAAGGUUCCUCCAAAGGCAAACCCAAGUCGAUAAAACAAUGUGGGAAGUACGAGAGAGAGAACAUGAAGAACGGUGGGAAUAGCGCAGAAGGUCCUUUGCCUAUUUCGGUUUUCCUAGUGGCUAGUGUUUUGAAGGACAAGAGUUCUAAGCUUAUGACUGAAGCUCGAGGACUUGAUGAUGUUGUUAAGAUCUUAAACGACAUAACGGGAAACUUGGAUGCUAAAAAAGCUUGUACUGGUGCAAUGAAACUUCACAAGAAGUAUCUAAAAAAGGCCAAGAAAUAGCAUUGGCGAAGAUUCAUGAGUAGAGCCUUUUUGUAUAUUGUUUUUUUACUUAUCUGAUAACUCACAAAAUCCGGCGACAAAAUGUUACUGGUCAGAGAUUUAUGAUCCCUUGGGUGGCAAGCAUUCCCUAAAUUACACAGCACACAAUACCUUUUCGUUGCAAGGUCUUCUUAAUGUACGCAUGUUGUAAUAUUUUGAUGUGACAAACCUUGUGUUCUUUUUUUUUUUUUAUUAUUGUAUUAACUACAACACAAAGGGAAAAGGUAAAAGCACAGAAAAAUUAUCUGCCUUCUGGAUUGUAAACUCAUUGCUGUAUUUAUAAGUCGGAUUAUGUAAGUAAACAUGAUUUUUUUUGUCGUCUUCAGGAUAACGCUUGAGCUGUAACGUUUUUGAGCUGUAACGUUUUAGUCCUGGUAGUGGUUCGUCGUCUUUCUUGGGAGCAUCGCUAUUUUGAGCAAAAGAUAAUGCCGAAAAAAUAGGGGUACUAAAGCAAGAACCAGAAUGAGAUUAGGGUCCCAAAUGUAUCUCCAUAGUCCCUAGUUCAUCAGGUUUACUUAGGACGCAAGAGAGAAGAAAUUAGGUCAACGAAGUUAAAUGACUUAUAGAGGCAGAGAGCAUAAUUGUUGUCUUUGAUUAGUCCUCAGAUAUAUAUAUUUUUAACUGCUACGAGGCAGGAACAUGCUAAAGAGUAAAGCAGACGUACGAACAAAGCCAAGAAAGGAUCGGAGACGAACACAAGAAAACGAAUGAACAUAAUAACACAAUUUGACACCAAAUAAACAUUUCAUUACAAAGACACCAGAAAGUUCAAAAACAUAAAUAAAGUUUUAAAGCACCUAAACACCUCCUUUAUUGCAACUCCUUCCACAUCA